AUGGCAGUUGCGAUGCAUCGAUCACAGGUUUUCCGUGACAGGUGUCGAUGGAAUUUCAAAGCUCGCGGGCUGCCUUUCGAAAACACCUUUACAGACCGAACCAUAUUCCAGAAGGGUCGCGUGACUACUUUACGACAGCAAAUUAGAAAGAGAGCAGGCAGGCUUGUCGUCCAGCCGCAUGGCCCUCUCAUCAUCCACGAUCGCAUAAAGCUUGCAGGCAUCCACCGGGCCCAGCCCAUGAGUUACCUCUACGAGCAUGACAUGUACCACGACUGCACUCUGGCUGACUGGGCUGACCUGAAUCACGAUGGGCAAGUGGCGGCUUACACGGCGCUACGUGACUUUCGAUCAGAGCACGUAGACGAGAUCAUCGAGGACGCAAAGCGAAGGGCGGAAUCUAAAACGCCGCAUCCUCAUGGUCCAUAUCGAGGCCCCGGCAUCGAUAUGAACGCCACCUCUAGCAUGGGAACCGGGGACUGGCUACCUGAAGACUUGGUUCCGGAACAAUGUGACGGAUCCUACGCAGAAGUCGACUUUGAAGCGAAUGAAGAUACAGGUGACUGCGACUGUUUAUGCGAUGCUACGGGUCUAUCGGGUUUUGAACAGUCUAUGAUAGAUGGAGGGUGGGGUUUCAGUGACGGUGGGAGCGGAUUUCCUGUAGACACAGGCUCCGCAGGGCUUGAUAUCUCCGGAGGUAAUGGAGGUAGCGGUGACGGCAGUAACAGCAAUGGAGGUGGCAGUGGUGAUGGUAGUCACGGAGGGGACAACUCCCAUGCAGGGAGUAGCAGUAACGACCAAUCGUGGCAGAGUAUCAUGGGAAUGCUUUAG